AGACCUCUCAGGAGUUUCUAGCCCAGCUGAUGUCUAAACUUGGGGGUAAAAAUCCAGAGGAGACAGGCGGUUUCCAGGAGGCCCCACUGGCCUACGAUGCUGUGUGGGCUCUAGCCCUGGCCCUCAACAAGACUGUGGGGCCCUUAAAAGCCAAGGGUCACCGACUCGAAGAUUUCAACUACAACAACCGAGCUAUCACUGCUGAGAUCUACCGAGCCAUGAACACCAGCUCCUUCGAAGGAGUCUCAGGUCAUGUUGUAUUUGACGCUCAAGGUUCUCGAAUGGCCUGGACUCUGAUUGAACAGCUUCAAGUCUGUAUCUGCUUCGUGUACCUCUGA